AGUUAUUUUUUCAAUACCCCCCUUAUGUUAUGUAGAUUCCUUCAUAGAACCCCCUAAUAUCCAGGUGGCAUGGAAUCUUGGUUUUUUAUUUCAGACGUGGCUUUUUAAUUUUUUUAUUUUCACAUGUGAAUCUUCAUUAGGUCUCCAGCAUGGCAUAAACUAGAAAUUAGGGUUCCAAAUCCAUCCCUCUCUCUCUUCGUGAAAUCCAUCCCUAUCCCAAAUCCAUCCCUCUCUCUCUUCGUGAAAUCCAUCCCUACCCCAAAUCCAUCCCUCUCUUCAUCUUCGUCCGUGUCCCCUUCAUCUAGGUUAUGGGUGGCAGCAAGGCAUCUUCCACGAGUGAAGUUGGAAACGGCUUACCAAGAUGUGGAUGCAAUGAAACCAUGAAGUUGUUGGUCUCCAAGUCAAUUGAAAACCCCGGUCGCAAAUUUUGGAAAUGCAGGAAUUAUAUGAAUGGGUGCGGUUUAUUUUUGUGGGAUGAUUUGGUCAGUGAGUUUGCAGUGAAAGAAACCAAUCCGUCCGGAUGCCGCCAAUGUGAAGUCAACAAGGCUUAUUUGAUUGAAUUUGCUAAAGAGAUUGUUGAGGAGAUAGAUUGCAGAGUCGGAAAGCUUAACAAGUUAGAAAAACUGAAGAAAAAGAUUGCAAUGGAAAAGAGGAAAAAUUUAUGGUUAAUGUUUGUAAUUGGUCUGUCAUGGAUGUUGAUAGCAGCUAUGGUUAAGUUAGUCUAA